GCCAGGCCAGCUCCGGCCCGCGGCACACCAGGCAACCCGUCGCCCCAGCGAGCGCGGGCCGGGGCCGGAGCCGGGCCGACGGCUGGGGGCGUCGCCCCCAAGAGUCUUUCUGCGGCCCCUGAGCUUUGAGGGCGAAACGAGACUGAUCGGGGYCGAAACCAUGAACCGGAGUUUUCACAAGUCUCAGACCCUGCGCUUGUACGACUGCAGCGCGGUGGAAGUCAAGAGCAAGUUUGGGGCUGAAUUCCGAAGAUUCUCCUUGAACCGCCACAAGCCUGGCAAGUUUGAAGAUUUCUACCAGCUGGUGGUGCACACCCACCACAUCUCCAACACCGAGGUGACCAUCGGCUAUGCAGAUGUGCAUGGCGACCUGCUUCCCAUCAACAACGAUGACAACUUCUGCAAGGCCGUCUCCAGCGCCAACCCCCUGCUCAGGGUCUUCAUCCAGAAGCGAGAAGAGGCCGACCACUACAGCUUUGGGGCUGGCACCCUAUCCAGGAAGAAGAAGGUGCUGGUGACCCUGAGGGAGGAGGGUCUCCGCCGUCGGGCCCACCUCGACAUCAGCCUGCCCCAUGACUUUCGGCCUGUGUCCUCCAUCAUCGACGUGGACAUCCUCCCCGAGACGCACCGCCGCGUGAGGCUGUACAGACAUGGCUGCGAAAAGCCUCUGGGCUUCUACAUCCGCGACGGCACCAGCGUCCGGGUCACCCCCCAUGGGCUGGAGAAGGUUCCAGGCAUCUUCAUUUCCCGCAUGGUCCCGGGGGGCCUUGCAGAGAGCACUGGACUGCUGGCSGUGAAUGACGAAGUCCUGGAGGUAAACGGGAUUGAGGUGGCGGGGAAGACGCUGGACCAGGUCACAGACAUGAUGAUCGCCAACAGCCACAACCUCAUCGUCACUGUCAAGCCCGCCAACCAGAGGAACAAUGUCGUCCGCAGCAGCCGCACGUCCGGCAGCUCUGGCCAGUCCACGGACAGCACUGCCAGCCACCACAGCCUGCCAGGAGUGCUGGUGCCACCAAGGAGAACAGCCAUCAGAAGAGAAGAUGAGCCUCCAGAUGUGCUCCCCAUUCCUGGGAUGUGCCGGGGCAGCCCUGGGCAUUGCCAGCAAGAGUGCCCUGCAGCCUACACCAACCAGUACCUGCACAAGGGCCUGUGUUCCCUUGGCCACCUCCGGGCUGCCCUCAGGAACAUGCUCACUGACCAGCAUCACACCCUUCGGCCCAAUAGUCUGCUAGACGAUGUAACUGAUGGUGAACCCUACUUUAUUCUGGAGCUCUGA